AUGAGGACGAGGAUAUCCAAUCUUCCAAGUGAAUUGGUGGAGGAGAUUCUCUCUAGGGUUCCGGUUAAAUCUAUGGAAGCCGUUCGAUCUACUUGUAAAACGUGGAAAUCUUUAUCCAAAGAUACGAUCUUUACGAAUAAGCACAUUGGCAAAGUAGCAGCAGGAUCAGCAAUAGCAAGAGAGUUUGUGAUGAUCAAGGACUAUAGUGUUCAUUUGAUUAGCGUCAAUCUCUACGAAACUCACAACAAGAACAACUUUGAUCUCUCCAUACACUGUCAAGGUCAACUUAUUACCCGAGAAACUUCACAUCAUGUAUGCAAUAUAUUUCAGAUCUUUCACUGCAACGGUUUAUUGCUAUGUGUAUUCAAACCGUUCAAAAAUGAUAGUCUUGUGGUUUGGAACCCGUAUUUAGGGCAAAGUAGAUGGAUCAAACUCCGAAAUAAUAACCACAUAUUAGACUGCUCUGAUUCAUGGAAGGUUAUUAAUGCCACUCUUGACCGGGAUAUAAAGAUACCGUAUGGUAAUCCUGGCGUGUCUUUGAAGGGAAAUACUUAUUGGUAUGCUAGAGUUAAGGGAUCACAAGAUUGUUUCUUACUCUGUUUUGAUUUUACAAGUGAGAUUUUUGGACCGCGUCUGCGUCUGCCAUUUGACUCUAGUCCUGAAUGCAAUGUGUCUCUAUCUGCGGUAAGAGAAGAGCAGCUUGCGCUGUUUGUGGAACUGUGGGAUACGAAUGAGAUAGAGAUUUGGGUUACGAAUAUAAUUGAGUCUGAUGCGGUUUCGUGGAGCAAAUUCUUAAGCUUUGAUAUGAAGCCACUCGCUUACUUUAUAGAGUUUACAAGUUUCUUCUCUGACAUAUCAAGAAAAAUUUUCUUCAUUGAAGAGGAGAAGAAAAUCGCUGUAGUUUUUGGUGAAGAUCGCUUGACGUUUAAAGCUUGCAUGAUUGGAGAGAAGGGUUAUUUCAAAAGAGUGGAUCUCAGAGAAUCAGCAGACAUACAACUUCACCUAUUUAGGUGCUCUUAA